CUGGUUCAGUUAGAUCGAUAUCUCUGUGUUUAGUUGUCAGAAUAAGUAUGAUUUUAGUUGUAGUUUUCUGUGGUGCUGUUGUUGUUUCGGUUCAAAGUCAAGAACUACGACUUCAAGAAACCAAGCCAGGCGUCUGCUACAAAAUCCACACCCCCGAACAACCAAAGCUGUACCCCAAUCCGCGGAAACCGCUCUACCCCAACCUUCACCAAUCGUGCACCGAAUGGAUCAAACACGACAAAAUGGACUGUCUAAGUCUUAAAACUCAAAACGACGAAGUCCUCAUCUUAUCCUGCAUAGGAGUUAAGAACAGAAGACGUCCCGGUUGUUACAAGAUCGUCAACAGAGACAAACGAGAAGAAAUAGUCUGUCAAAAAACUGACAAAAAAGAGGGAUGCAAUGUUAUUACAACAAGAACUAAUCUUAAUAUAGUCGUGGGUUGUUUUCCGAGAGGUUAUUCGCCGAGUUUGUUUGAUGUUAGAACGAGAAAACCUCCUAGAGAAUAAAAUUCAGCUCUAUUAGGAGAGGGACUGUAUAAAUCGGAGCGUUUAGUGGCCUCGAGAAGGAACUCUGGGUCAUACCGAAAAUUACGGAUGAUUAAUUCGUCAAAUAUAAAGCCAUAUUAUUUGAUUGUGAGUCAGUAAUGUGUGUUUUAUUUGGAUUUUGUAAUAUUUUUUGUAUAAUAUUGUGCAGUUAGAAUUUAAGGUAAUAAUAUAUAAAAAAUAAAAG